AUGUCUCUUCAAACUCACACCGUCUUCGUUUUCAGCGCCACCGGGAGCCAAGGCGGAGCCUUGGUCCGCCAGCUUCGUAGCCUCAACUGGAAUGUUCAUGCAACUGUUCGCAAUCCUGAUAGCCCCGGAGCACUUGCACUAAAGGCCGCUGGAGUACACAUCACCCAAGGAGAUUGGGAUAAUAUCGAGGCACUUACACUUGGCAUCACUGGCUGUGACAAGCUCUUCUUAUGCCUGCACCCGUACCUCAAUGAUCUAGACCGUGAACGCCAACAAGCCGAGAAAGUUGUCAAGAUCGCCAAAGCCGCAGGCGUGAAGCAAGUCGUUUGCUCAACAAGCCUGGGCGUCUUCAUGCUCGACACCAGCGUCUACAUCGCCCCUGGAUCUUUCAUGGCUGGGCACCUAGCUAGUAAAAGGGGGGUUGAGGAGGCCGUUCGUGCCGGUGGGUUCGAGAAUUGGACACUCCUCCGCCCCGCUUUCUUUAUGGCAAAUUUUCUCGAGCCCAAGGUGUAUCGAUAUCCAGAAGUCCGAGAUAAGGGUACCUGGACCACCGCAAUGACGACCGAUAGUCAACUUGCGCUCAUUGACCACGUUGACAUCGCAAAAUUUGCAACCAUUGCGUUCCAAAAUGCUUCGAGCUUUCACGGCAAAAGCAUUGGGUUGGCCAGCGAGCUUUUGACUAUAGAGCAGACGCUAGACCAGAUUGCAGAGGUCAUUGAGCGCCCACUCAAGGCAGUAUUCAUGACAGAUGAGGAGCUUGAAGCACAGAAAGAGUCAAAUGUCUUUACCAAUUCGCAAGUGUCCAUGCGGUACAUGUCGGAGUAUGUCGAUAUGGAAGAGCUUGCGAAAAUCGUUCCACUCACAACUUUCAAGGAGUUUCUAUCAAGGGAGAGAGAGGUCGUGAAAACAACAUACCGUUGUGGCGGUACAUGA